GAAAACCAAUGAAGGAAAAAUAGAGAAAAUAAGAAGGCGGGCCUCCAGUUUCGAACUCUCGUCGUUGGGCUAGUAAUGGUUUUCCCCUUUUUCCCCAAAUUGAAAACGCCGUUAUUUCUUUGUUGUGUAGAGUUGUAAUAAACGAGUAUAACAAUACGGGGAAAAGAUGGAAUAAGGCAAAAAUCUUAUUCGGAUCGGGUCACAAACAGCCGCCAUAAUAAGAGCUCUGCACCGCACUUCUUCUCUCUUUCUGGACUGGAGUCCGAACCACUCCGAUAACCAGUUAGGUGGCAACUAUGGAUGCACCUAAAAACAAUAUAGACUCUGAUUUGGGAUCUGAAGUGAAGCCUCAAGUUAUAUACCGCUGCAAAAAAUGCAGAAGAAUUGUUGCAUCACAAGACCACAUCCAACCACAUGAGCCUGGUGGAGGUCAGCAGUGUUUCAAAUGGAAAAAGAGAAGCGGUGAAGUAGAUUCGAAGCCAGCCGAAUGUUCAUCUAUUUUCGUGGAGCCCAUGAAGUGGAUGGAAUCAGUACAACAGUAUGGUUGUGUGGGAGACAAGAUUCAGUGCAUGGGUUGCAAAGCGAGGUUGGGAUCCUUUAAUUGGGCAGGGAUGCAGUGCAACUGUGGCAAGUGGAUCAAUCCUGCAUUUCAACUGCACAAAAGUCGUAUAGAUGAAUGUCCAUUCUGAUUGAAGUGUUUGAACAUUACUUUGAUAUUCCUCUUCAGAGUUUUCGGCUGUUCUAAUCGAGUAUUACUGUUAUUAAUCCAGUUGGGAACAGGCCCAACAGGAUUUGUAGUUGAACAAGCCCAAGUUAUGGGUUCAAUUCCUAACUGGGCUCAAACCGACCUUAGGAAUCUUCAAAACCCAACUGAAUACGUAACCGGGAAAUUAGAUGACGAAUUAUUAUUAUUAUUAUUAUUUUAAUAAUAAAAACGAGACUAACUGAACUAUUAUGAAAAUAAAUAAACGAAC